AGAAGGGUACACAUACACAUAGUGAUGACAUCAAUCAUCAAGUUUACACCAUUGUCUGGUGGCGCCAAUGAAGAUGCACCUCCAUGCUACCUAUUAGAGAUCGAUGACUUUGUUAUACUACUCGACUGUGGAUGGAAUCACUCACUCGAUAUAUCACUAUUAGAGCCUCUGAAGAAGGUAGCACAUAGGAUCAAUGCAAUACUAUUAUCAUAUCCUGAUGUUGAACAUAUAGGUGCGUUGCCUUAUGCAGUUAGGGAACUGGGACUGACAGGUAUGAUCUAUGGAACAACUCCUGUGUUUAAGAUGGGUCAGAUGUUCUUGUAUGAUCUGUACGAGAGUAGGAUGGCGCAGGAGGAGUUUGACAAGUUCGAUCUGGAUGACGUGGACAUGUGCUUUGACAAGAAGCGCUUCAAAGAGUUGUCAUUCUCGCAGCACUACACAUUGGAGCACGCAGACAUCACCAUCACACCGUACAGCGCCGGCCACAUGCUCGGCGGCUCCGUCUGGAAGAUCACCAAGGAGACCGAUACGAUCAUCUAUGCAAUUGACUACAAUCAUCGUCUGGAGGGACAUCUUGAAGGACUCAUGCCGACCCUGCAGGGUCCCGAUCUGGUCAAGCCGACACAUCUCAUCACUGACGCAAGGUUUGCGCGUCGUGCUCCCAUCUCUAUGAAGCGUAACGACAAGGACAAGGCGCUCACCGCUACAAUGCUAAAGACUUUGCGCGAAGGUGGCAACGUGCUGAUGCCGGUCGAUACGGCUGGCCGUGUGCUGGAACUGCUGCAAUGUAUCGACGCGUUUUGGGCGCAACAGCGACUGGGCAACGCGUACAGCGUCAUCUUCCUCAACAACGUCACGUACAAUGUUUGCGAGUUUGCCAAGUCACAGCUCGAGUUCAUGUCGGCCUCGGCAUCGGCCAAGUUUGAGCAGAAGAACGAGAACAUCUUUGCCUUCAAGAACAUCAAGCUCUGUCACUCAAUGAACGAUCUCUAUUCACUGGCAUCACUCACCAAGAACUUUGUCGUGCUGGCUAGUGGCAAGGACCUCGAGGCCGGCUUCUCGCGUGAGCUCUUUGUUCGCUGGUCCAAGGACCCACUCAAUCUCAUAUUGUUCACCGAUCUCAUGGAGCAAGGCACAUUGGGCGCACGUCUCCUCAACAGGCCAGACAAAGUGGUCAUCGAACAUAGUCAGCGCAAGGAAUUGGAGGGCGAAGAACUACUAGUCUACGAGGAGGAGCGACAGCGUGUGCGUGAAGAGCAGCGACAGGCCGAAGAAAAGCUGAGGAAGGAAGAGGAGGAGCGAGCGCGCCAGGCCGAGCUGGACGCAGGCGACAUUGAAGAGAAGAUCAUGGAGAUCAAUCUCAAGAAGAACCCAUUCAUCAACAGAUUUGAUAUUAGCCGCGAGCAGUUCAAGCUGGAGGGCUGCCAGCCAAUGUUCCCGUUUGUCGACCGCGUGCAAAAGUGCGACGAGUACGGCAUGCAAGACGACAGUCUGAUGGAACUGGCCAAGAAGCUGAACGCCGAGAACGAUCAAGAGAUGGUACCGGUCGAGGAGCAGGUGGUCGAGGAGCAGCGACCAAAGAAGAUCGUCUCGCAGACGAUCACAGUGAUGGUGCGAUGCAAUAUCAUCAAGAUGGACUACGAAGGACAUUGUGAUGGCAACUCGGUCAAGACGAUAAUACAAAAGAUUGCACCGUCCAAGCUUAUUCUGAUACGUGGUGACAAGGACAGCAUUGAUGAGCUAGAGACACACGCCAAGAACAACAUGCGACUAAAGGCCAACUAUGCGCCAAUCAACGAACAGACCAUAGACCUAACAUCCGAGACCAAUGUGUUUAAGGUGGUCUUGAAGGAUUCACUCGUAAACUCAUUGGCUACAUCAAGACUGAUGGACUACGAUAUAUCAUAUGUACAGGCAAGGGUACAUGUCAACGAGGAUUCAAGGGUACCAGUGUUGGACAUUGUUCCAGAAAACGAAGUACUUGCACACAACUCAUCAUUCAUUGGUGAUAUCAAGAUGUCAGAGUUUAAACAACAGUUACUGGAUGCUGGAUUCCAAGUUCAAUUCGAUCAAGGAGUACUGAGCUGUAAUGGAAUGGUGUAUGUGUGGCGAGAGGAAGUGGAUGGAAACUCUAGUAUCCAAAUGGAUGGUGUACUCUCCGAGGAGUACUACCAUGUCAGAGAUCUGUUAUAUAAACAAUUCCAAAUACUCUAA